UGGGACACAGAUAUUAGGCUUGGCUGUGUUGACAUGGCCGGAAAAGCUGACACUGAGCAGGAGUCUGAAAGCUGUCGUCUGAAUCCUCUCCCUCAACCAGAAAACAAAGUCGAGCCGGAUGAAUCUGCCCUCUGUGUUGAAGCCUCAAAGCCUGACACAAUUCCUGACGCUACCUUGCAGGUGGAAGGAGAGAGCUUUUAUGUCAGCCGACACCAUCUGGCGCUCCAGAGCCCUUACUUCAGGGCUCUGUUUUUUGGCUGUGGCAUGGAAAGCAACAAAAGGCAUGUGGAGAUCAAAGGGGUAGAGCUGCAGCACUUUAAGGUCUUGAUGGAGUACAGCAGGACGCACAGACUAGAUCUGAAGAGAGAAAAUGUCCUGGGAAUCCUGGAGACGGCAGACUUCUUGCAGCUGGAGCGACCCAGGCUGCUGUGCUGCAAAUUCCUCGAGCGUGAGCUGCACCUCACCAACUGCUUGGGAAUGAUGGCCUAUGCCUGGCAGCUGGGUUGUACUCAGCUGUACACCGCGGCACGACAGGUGGCGCUCACACAUUUCUCUGCAGUUUCCUCCCAAGAAGACUUCCUGUGCCUUUCAAAGGAGAGAUUAGCAGACCUUCUUGCCAGCGAUGACCUGGCCAUCUUCAGAGAUGAUCAGGCCCUGGAGGCCACCAUGCACUGGGUGUCAUCUGACCCUAAGCGAGAGGAACAUUUCCUGGAGCUGAUUGAGCUGGUGAGACCMGAGUCUCUCUCUUUACCUUUCCUUUCUAAGCUUUUGACCCAAAUGAAAAGUUCUGACCCCAGAGCCAGACUCAUCGGCAAGCUCAAUGAAUAUUUUCCACCUUCUUGGUCAGUGGGACGGUCAAUGAGGAGAACCAGAGCCAGCGAGACUUUGUACAUCCUGGGUGGACCUCAUGAUAAGGAAGAACAGGCUCUGUAUCAGUUCCACCCUCAGAGUGGUAGAUGGCAAAGCUGCUCACCUCUGCAGAGAAAGAACCUAACUCAGUACUCUGUCGCAGCAGUGGGUGACAAUGUGGUCGUCACAGGAGGCUACUUCCGGGACGUGCUGUGGUUCAGUGUGGACUGGGUCAGGAUAUACGAAUGUGGGAACCAGCGCUGGCUAGAAGGUCCGGCCAUGCAGAAAUCCAGACACAGUCACUGCUCCAUUGGACUGGAUUCAGCUGUGUAUGUGCUGGGUGGCAGCAUGGAUGAAGGCCUCGUGGCUGACGUAGAGAGGCUGGUCCUGGGGUCAGAGGAGGGCUGGCAGGGGGUGAACCCCAUGGUCAGGGCAGUGGAGAGGGCAGCCACAGCUGCUCUGGGAAUGUGUAUUUAUGUUGCAUGUGGUCUAGAUGAAAACGGGGAUGUGUAUGCAGGAAUUCAGAGAUAUGUGGUGAAGGAGGACCAGUGGGAUGUAGUCUCCAAUUCACCGUUUCCACGGUAUGACCUGGUUGCCACUGAGCUCAAUGGUGCCCUCUACCUGUUUGGAGGCCAAGCCCUGCGUUUUGACAUGGAGACUGAUGAAUGGACGAUACUCGAAGAAGAGUGCUUGGAGAGAAAGUUUUUUUGUGGCUGUACCAACGUCAAUGGCCAGAUCUAUCUAGUCAGUGAGAGGAAAAGCAACAAAGCAUCCCCAAACAUGAUGCUGUUGGACCCGUACAUAGACACUUGCAUUCAGAUAGACGAUGCCGUACCCUGCCCUUUGCCCCUUMGAGGAUGUGUCACCAUGAGGAUGGUCAUAUGAUCUAAUCUUGUUAAAUAAAAUGAUACAUCUGAAGUCUU